CGAACUACCGCUUACUCUCUCUCUUCCCUUUAGCUCGAAUGUAAGUUUGUUAGAGCAUCACGACUAAGAACUAGGAGUAAACAGUGUUGCCCACCGAUAUUUUUCUCCCUUUCAAGCUAUCUUCGUACCAAUAUCCAAUUUAGAAUCUGGACACGUGCUGUAAAUCGCCUGUAUGAUUCCUGCUUGGCCGAUUCGUCGACGACAGCUCCGCCGCUACCAUAUCAUCGUCGGAAAUAUCUUCUAUAUACAAUCUGUAGCCAAUGUUAACCCUGUUUUUCUCAUGUCGCCAAGAUACUACUCCUAGAAUCGCGGGCGCCCAGCCAUAGCCAAGGCUCGAAUACCUUCCCGUGCAGGAUCAGUCGUAUCGUAGGUUGCUCAAUCGCGUAGAUUGCGGUCCUGUUUCGCGAAGCUUUUAGGAUCUCGGGUUAUAUAAGAUGUCUAGGCAUCCCUCAAUGUGCACAUCCUAUUGUUCGUGAGCUAGCCGUGCGAAUAUAUAUUUGCUAGCCGUUUAUAACCACCAUGGGUAAUCUAAGGACUCUUGCAGUGGCGGCAGCCUCGCUCUCCGUCGCCGCCGCUCAGACUUUCCAGCGACUAGGCGCCUGCCCCGAUCUCGGCUGCGUGCUUCCGCCCGAUCAAUCGGACUUCCUACCAGGCCAAUUCUUCGACCUGCGUCUCGAAAUCCACGCUCCGGUUAACGGCUCAGAAGCGUUCAACGCCGGGAAGCCAGACGAGAAAUUCACCGUCACCAUCGCCAAGGAGGGCGGCAAGCCUAAGAGCAUUGCCCAGUUCUUCAACGUGCCGGAGCCCGAGCUCGAGAAAUGGGACUUCCACUGGUACGAGGACCUCUUCGCCCAGGAUGCGCACACGCCGUCCUUCGUCAAUGUUGCAGCCAAGAUAUACCGCAAGCUGGCCAUCUAUGAGCCUGGCAACUAUGUCGUCACGCUGAGCUACUAUGGGGGUAAGACGACGACGGCGAACUGGGUGGUGCGGCCGUUGGAUACAAGGAAGAAGGCUAAGAAUGUGAUUCUAUUCAUUGGGGACGGUAUGACCACGAAUAUGAUCACCGCAGCUCGCCUUCUCGGACACAAGAGUAUCAACGGAAAGUAUCAAUCUUUGAUGCAGAUGGAUAAGUUCCCCGUGGUGGGACAUCAAAUGACCCAUUCGCUCGAUAGCUUCAUCACUGACAGUGCCAACUCGGCAUCUGCUCUUUACUCUGGACAUAAGAGCUCUGUGAAUGCUUUGGGUGUUUACGCCGACUCGUCACCUAGCUAUUUUGAUGAUCCGAAGGUGGAAACAAUUGUCGAAAUACUAAAACGAACAUGGAAUUCCGCUUGGGGGGCUGUGUCUACUGCUUCCAUCGCCGACGCAACUCCCAUCGCUCUCACCGGCCACAGCCGUUCUCGAAAUGAAUACGGCCCCCUAGUCGACCAAGCACUAAACUCGGUCACCAACUACUCCUGGACAAACCAAGGCGGCCCCGACGUCUAUUUUGGCGGCGGAGCCGAGCAAUUCUUCCCGGGCAACGCGAGCUAUAAGGGCAAGGACUACUACGAGGCCUUCGCCAACGCCGGGUACGACAUCAGCCUUAACAAGACCUCUCUCCUCGAGCUUGGAAACAGCAGCCGCGCCCUCGGCAUCUUCUGCCAAUCGCACUUCCCCGUCUGGCUCGACCGCAACAUCUUCCCCGCAAACCUCGCAACCUUCAAGAACGACCCCCUCGGCUCCAAGAAGCCCGCCCUCGACCUACCGGGUCUAAAAGAGAUGACCCUCAAGGCCGUCGACAUCCUACACGCACGCGGCGGCGCCAACGGGUUCUUCCUCAUGUCGGAGGGCGCGUCGAUCGACAAGCAGAUGCACGCUCUCGACUACGACCGCGCGCUCGGCGACCUCCUCGAGCUCGACGACACCGUGCGCGCCACCAUCGCCCACCUCCGCCGGCUAGGCGAGCUCGAGAACACCCUCAUCAUCGUGACCGCCGACCACGGCCACGGCUUCGACGUCUACGGCGGCGUCGACACCAAGUACCUCGCCGCGCAGGACGACGACCGCUCCAAGCGCGCCGCCGUCGGCGUGUACCAGCAGUCCGGGCUCUCGCAGUACACCUCUCCAGGCAGCGGCAGCGGCGCCUUGUCGUUCGACACGGGCCCCAACUUCCCCGUCACCUGGGACCCGCGGUACACGCUGGCGCAGGGGUUCAGCGCGAACCCGGACCGCCGCGAGGACUUCCGCGUGCACGCCGCGCCGCGCAAGGUCGUGUCGUCGUCCCCGGGCUUCGACGCCGACGACCUCUUCGUCAACGCGAAGGACGCGCCGGAUGGGUUCGUGGUCAAUGGAACAUUGCCGGUGAGCGAGAGCUCGGGCGUGCAUUCGUUGACGGACGUCCCGCUGUUCGCGAUGGGGCCGUGCCAGGAGACGUUUGGGGGUGUGUACAGCAAUGUGGAGGUGUUCUAUAAGAUUGCGAACUGCUUGGGGCUUGCGCGGCCGGAUGGGAAGUACAAGGGGAAGGGGGAUAAGAAUGGGGGGUGGGGUGGGUAUAAGACUCAGGGGUAGGCUGGGAACCAGGUACUUAGGUUAGAGGGAUGAAAAGCGUUAU